CAAAACAAAUCGGUGGACAGGGUUUGGCGAACAGCACCGAUCAAGGAAGUAUUGGUUGCGCGCUUCUCACGCGAAAACAAAGUGUAUCCAUAUGGAUUUCGAUGACGCUAUUGACUGAAAUCAUCAAAUACAGCUAAACUAUUCUUUAAUAGUGACAAAAAAGUAAUAGAUCGUGUUCAUGAGCUUCCAAAGCAGUAAAUAAUUAUAAUAAUAAUAAUAGAUUUAGUUCAGCCCUCGUGUUCUCUGGCGUAAGAUGGAGCGAACGCGAAGGCCGAGAAAUCCAGUCCAAGAUCAGUACACGAUUUUACGCUUAAUAAACCAAGUAAAGCGACAUUCCUGUAUAUGGGACGAAGCUGAUUCCAACUAUCGCAAUUCAAUCGCGAGAACGGAGGCUUGGAAUGCUAUAGCCAAACAAACCGGGAUAUUCGUCCCUAUUCUUAUGCGAAAGUGGCGAAGCUUGACUUGUUCGUAUCGCAGAAUUAAAGCCGAACUGAUUAAAAAACAGGAACAACAUCCCGGCAAGAGCUUGAAAUCAUCCUGGUUCGCAUAUAAUGCGAUGGAGUUUUUGGAAAAUAUGCAAAGGGGCCACCGCAAAAGGGGAACGCUCAAAUAUUUACUUGCGGGAACAGCAGACCAUAGCAGCGCUUCAAAUGACAGCCAACUAGAUGACUUUAUCGAUCAGGAAGAAGAGCACUUAGAAGAGAUGGAAGAAAUUUUUGAAAUUGAACCAGAAGCCCAAUCGCCGGCAACAGAUACCGAGUGCAAUGAACAUGAUGCAGAGCUGAACGAAAACAGUCCAGCCACGAGUUGGAUCCAGCCACAACCAGAUACUGGAGACGAAUAUCAAGAAGAUAAUGAAUUAUCAUUUGAAAAACGUUAUCUUAACGAACAACGAAAAUCGGUUCUACUAUAUGAGCUGAAUGAAAAGCUCGAGAAGGAUUUAGCUGAACAGAAAGCUAAGGUUGAGGUAGUAGUUUAA